AUGACUACGAGCUGGCAAGUGCUGAAGUAUCAGCCUUGGACUAGUGCACCCGAUAUUUCCUUCUGGCAGACUCUUGCAUCGCAUAAACUCAAUCACUUCCAGCUAGAUGAUAAAGCACAGAACAUUAUAGGAUAUUUCACUCCAGGCAGAUCCAUCACUGUCCCGGGGCGUUUUACUAUUGAUGCAAGUGCAUUUUGGAACACAGAAGGGAGCAGAGAUAUCGAUCGUGCUCGGUACGAGUGGCAAGCACCGGGAGUGUUGUAUAAUACAAACACAUUAGAAAAUUUCAAAACCCUAGACAAGACUAAAUUACUCCAAGAGGCUGGAGACAAGAUCUUAGAUCUCGUGCUCGAUAGUGAGCGUGAUGACAUUUCAACUGAUCAUCUAAACAGCUUUGUACUCAUCACUUUUGCCGAUCUUAAGAAACACUCUUUUCUGUACUGGUUUGGGUUUCCAGCUUUAUUACCAUUCACUUCAUUCCAGUAUCGAUCUCCACCUGUGUCUGCAUCGUCCGUCUUGUCAUCCAAAGAGCAAGUUGAGACAUUGCGAGAGUUAAUACAGCUGCGGCAAGUUAAUGAGGAAACUGGCGUUGUCGAAAGCACUUUUCCACCCUUUUUCAUCGUCGAGCGUCUGUUUGACAGCAUAACAAAUGAAAUAAAUGUACGAGUCGUCGAUAUCAAGACAUGGAGAGCAAACAAUCAUACUCGUGAAAGCGUAGCAGAAACGUUCUUUGGCUUUGUCGAUCCGUGUCCUUUGCCAACAAAUCCUGGUUGGCCUCUUCGUAAUUUUCUGGCAUUUCUCACGUCGCUGUCUGUCGAUAAAGUGGACCAUUCUCGCCCUCUAAGGAUUAUUUCGUUUCGAGAACAUGUGCAUCAGUUCAGUGACGUACCAGACGAUUUCGAAUGGAAGAAUUCGAUCGUUUUCGAGGUUCAAAGUGAACCAUUCAUGGCAAAUGGUCGAUCUCGUCAAGAUGUGCGGGUAACGGGUUGGGAAGCCAAUGUUCGUGGAAAAAUGGGACCCCGAUUGAUGGAACUGAGCAGCAGUUUGGAUCCUAUUCGCUUGGCUGAAACGUCUGUGGAUCUGAACUUGAAACUCAUGCGAUGGCGUCAAUUGCCAACGCUAGACUUGGAGUCAUUAGCUCAAACCAAGUGCCUCUUAUUAGGUGCAGGCACUCUUGGUUGCUACACUGCUCGUAGUUUAUUAUCUUGGGGCUUUCGUUACGUCACUUUGGUUGAUAACUCGACCGUCAGUCACUCAAAUCCUGUUCGUCAGCCAUUGUUUGAGUUUCAGGACGUUGGUAAACCAAAAGCCGAAUGUGCUGCGAACGCUUUGAAAAGGAUCUUUCCACUAAUUCAUUCUCAAGCUGUGAACUUGACUAUUCCCAUGGCAGGUCACGCACUGAGUAGCUCUCAGUUAUUACAGGAAGCCACAGCAAGUCUCGAGGUUUUGGAACAGUUAAUUCAGUCACACGAUGUAGUUUUUCUCGGAACGGAUUCUCGGGAAAGUCGUUGGCUUCCGACAGUCAUCGCAGCUGCAAAGAAGAAACUGCUGUUGAAUGCUGCACUUGGAUUUGACAGCUAUUUGGUCUUACGUCAUGGUGUUCACAAAGAGGAAGAAGACGAUACAUCGCUUGGAUGCUACUUUUGCAACGAUAUUGUGAGUCCUCGAGACUCGAUAAAAGAUCGUACACUAGACCAGAUGUGUACUGUAACUCGACCAGGUCUUGCUCCGAUUGCAGCUGCUACAGCUGUUGAACUUCUCGUAGCAGUCUUGCACUCACCGGACGGAAAGUUCGUGAGUGCUGACAAGCCAAAAGAUGGAUCAGCUCCAAUGGCGUAUAUCCCGCACCAACUUCGUGGCUUUCUCAAUGCAUUUCAAACGAUGGUGAUUACGGGCGAAGCGUUUGAUAAAUGCAUUGCAUGUAGUUCAAAGGUUUUGGAUGCAUACCGUACUGAUGCAGUAGAGUUGCUUAAAAACGCGUGCGAUUCGACAACAUAUCUGGAGGAACUCACGGGGUUAAAUAAGUUGACGGAAGAAGCAGAUUCUUUGUAUACGUGCUAA